AUGAAGAUGCAGACCCAAAGGGUCAUGGUCAUAGACAUCCGAGCUGUUGACGCAAACCUGGCGACAAGUGAAAGCCAUGACGGCUACAGCGCCCAGGACAGUAUCCGGAACAGUCACCUGCAACGGGACAUUCUGGACCAGAUGCUACAACAGAAACCGUCGGGAGUUGCUUUCAAAUUCGGAACGCCAACCACAAACAAUGCUCGUCGGUAUUACUACAAUCUUUUUCUGGUCGACGGAUACCUGGCGUUCCGUUCUCUAAUAUCUCGGUUGGAUCCGCUGUUGCAUGAGUUCACCGGUUAUUACAUGAUCGUCGUGACAUCUAUGUAUGGUUCGGAAAACAGCACACUGCAGCAAAUGAUUGCGGAUCUUUGGGCACUGAACAUCGUCAACGUGGUUGUAGUGACUGCCAACUUAGGACAAACUGGGGAAUCUGCCGAUAUUCUACUGUACACGUAUUUCGAAGCACUGAUAACUCCUUACCAGCAACGGAACUAUUUCCUUACAAAUCCCAUCACUAAGCGAAGUCAGCUAAGCGGAGUGGAAGGCAACAUGCUGACCGAGAUCGCUCAGAGGCUUAACUUUAGCUUGCACGUAGUGCAAAUGGAUGACGCCGUGAAGUGGGGCACGAUCUACGGCAACGAUACAACCUCGGGAGCCGUGAAAAUGGUACUGGAAGAAACGGUGAACCUAACCGUCGGUUCGUUCUCAAUGCGUGCCGAGCGAUUGGCGCUAAUGAAACCAAGCGUCAGCUACUACACGAUCCGAGUAAUCUUCACCGUCCCACCGGGACGUCCCUACAGUGCCUUCGAGAAACUCUUCCAUCCGUUCUCAACCCUCACCUGGAUGAUGAUCAGCAUUGUGCUAUUGUUCGGUUUCGCCAUCAUUUUCGUGCUGAAAUUAUCGCCAGUUUCGGUUCGUCACUUCGUCUACGGACGAACGGUCCUGAUGCCAGCCCUGAACAUGGUUAUUAUUUUUUUCGGUGGACCUUCCACCAGUCGCACACCGGGAAGGAACUUCGCUCGAACCUUACUGUUUCUUUGGCUCUACUAUUGUUUAGUGAUGCGAUCACUCUAUCAGAGUUCUCUUUUCGAAUACCUGCAGCAGAAGAAAAACUACACCCAUUUGGACUCGCUCAGAAAAUUGGAAGCGGAACGGAUCCCCUACUGGAUGUCAACGGGAGCCGUUUUGUUCGUCAGUGGACUGAAGUAUGUUCUGAAGCGUACGACAUUCAUCGCCAAUAGGAAUGAGCUUUUCAUCGAAGCUUUCCAUCGGCAGAGUACCAAUGAACUGCGGGUGGCCAUCCUGGCCACCUACGAUCGGGUGGCCUACUAUAACAGUCGCCACUACAAGCGGGCGAUUGUUCACGUCGUCAAGGAUACCGUUCUGCGGCAACCGAUCUGUUUGUAUUUUCCGAAAAAAUCCUGUCUAGCUAAAGUGUUCGAUGCGGAGAUUGAGAAUAUUCAAAUGUCCGGUUUGUUCGAUUACUGGCUUCAUCAGUACGUUAGUGAUCGGUUUAUCACACCAACGGCCCGCUACAGUCAACCGCCACCGGCGAUGUUGACCAACGAACAUCUGCUGGGUUGCUACCAGACGUUGCUGGUCCUGCUCGGUAUGGCUGGUGUGGUUUUCCUGCUGGAAUUGCUGUCCACGCGGUGCUUCUGGUUGAGACGGCUGCUGGAGUUUCUGAUCUAA